AUGUCACUGUCCGCCGACAGUGACCACCACCUCUACCGCAGAGAACGGCGACGCAGCAGCUGUAGCAGCGUCGUUGACGAGCGCCCCGUCGAGACCGUCCCCAAAACAAAGGAAUACAUGGACUCGCUCGUGCCGCCGGACAAGGACCAGUUUGAGCACAUCGCUCACGUCCAGGCCGAGAAGGAGAGCGAGGCCAAGCGCCGCGCCCGGGAGCAGCGUCGCAGCGCAUCUCUCUCCGUCUCGUCCACCGGAAAUGGGCCUUCCAGGGACGAGCGUGAUGCCGCCGCCGCGCGCGUCAUUCAGAAGACGUUUCGCGGCUACCGCGCGCGGAGGGAAAUGCAGGGCUACAGCCUCGACGCCACCACCCGCUGGGUGACGGCCAUCCGCGAGGCCCAGUUCCGCCAGUCCACCAAGCCGCGCGCCCGCCUCGGCGCCAGCGAGACGGCCGGCAGCGAGGUGCUCGCGCUCGAGGACCCCGUCGACACGCGCCCGUCGAGCGCCCGCACGAACUGGAAGAAGGCGAGCCUGGUCGCCCGCCGCGCCGGGCACGACGACGUCGACAGCGACACGUCCUCAGACAGCGGCGACGGCGCCGACAUGACGCCCGAGGAAAAGGCCGCGGCGAGGAGGAAGCGCGAGAGGGCCGUGGCUGAGCGCAAGCAGGCGGCGCGCAUGAUGGGCCUGCAGUACUUUCUCGAAAUGGUCGACUCCAAGCAUCGCUACGGCAGCAACCUGCGCAUGUACCACGAGGAGUGGAAGAAGUCGGACACCAACGAGAACUUCUUCUACUGGCUCGACUACGGCGGCGGCAAGCACAUCGAGCUCGACACGUGCCCGCGCGACCGCCUGGAGCGCGAGCAGGUCCGCUACCUGUCGCGCGAGGAGCGGCAGUACUACCUCGUGCGCGUCGACGGCGAGGGCCGCCUGUGCUGGGCCAAGACGGGCGCGCGCAUCGACACGACGGAGCAGUACAGGGACAGCAUCCACGGCAUCGUCCCGGUCGAUGACGACACCACCCCGGCCUUCAACCCGUCGGCGCACGCGUCGGCGCACCCCGUCGACGAGGACGGCGGCGGCAGCGACACGAGCUCCGUUUCGUCGGCCGAGUCGCGCCGUGAAGCCGACCGCGCGGCCAAGUAUGCCGACACCGACCCGGACGACGCGCACGGCAUCAAGAAGGUGACGCACAUUUCGGCGUCGACCAUCUUCAACAAGCUGCUGCGCAAGUCGGUGCGCAAGAACACGUGGAUCUUCGUCGCCGACACGUCGUUCCGGCUGUACGUGGGCAUCAAGGACUCGGGCGCCUUCCAGCACUCGUCGUUCCUGCAGGGCAGCCGCAUCUCGGCCGCGGGGCUCAUCAAGAUCAAGAACGGGCGGCUGUCGUCGCUGUCGCCGCUGAGCGGGCACUACCGGCCGCCGGCGUCCAACUUCCGCGCCUUUGUGCGCAAUCUCAAGGACGAGGGCGCCGACAUGAGCCACGUGUCCAUCUCCAAGUCGUACACGGUGCUGGUCGGGCUGGAGACGUACGUCAAGACGCGCCGCAAGGGCAAGGACUUCUUGGACAAGCUGGUGCGCCGGCGCGACAAGAUGGUGGCGCCCGAAGAGUUCCGCCGCAAGCAGGAGGAGGGCAAGGACAAGAGCGAGAGCGCCGAGAAGGAGCGCCGCGUCCUCGAGCGGGAGAGGCAGGCGGAGGAGGCGGCGCGGGCGGAGGCGAGCACCGGGGACAGGGUCGUGGAGAAGCUGAAGAGCAUACCGACGCACGUGCGGAGUUGA